AUGUGUCGAUCAUAUCGUGCGGACGCUAACCAUCGCCAGCAGAUGUCCAGCUCGUCCUCCUCGCCGACCACCACCUCUUCUUCGCCGAUGAACAACGACUCGCAGAACCCGUCGCCGGCGGCCGUCAUCGACACCACGAAGUCGUCAUCGGUGUCGCCGUCGAUGGACACCAACAAGAACUCGUUGAAUGCACCCAAAUAUGGCACUCCAGGUAUGACAUCGGCCACCAGUCCUGUUGUUGAUCGUCACCACGAGCUGAUCCGCGCGUGUGACUUCCGAACCGUGUGUUUGUCGGAGGAAUUCCAACCGAUGUUUGCAAAGGAAAGCGAGGUGAAGAAUCUGUUCUCGCAGUUCGGAACCGUUGUCUCCGUGAAGAUUAUCAACGAUAGGGCCGGCGUUCCGCGCGGCUAUGGAUUCGUGACAUACGAGACCGAAGAGGACGCCAAACGAGUGAUGAAAGAGAGCGACAAUCUGUUGAUUAAGAACCGCAAACUCAACAUCUCUGUGGCCAUCAAAAAGCAGCAACAC